CGUGGCCAGUUUGAGGGGCUGAGGCGGAGGAAGCGGCAGUUGGCAGUCUGCAGCCGGCAGCGGGUCUGUGAAGGAGGAUGAGCGGCGAGAGGAGAAUGAGUCGCAGCGAGAAAUUAGGGGAAAAGAUCGCGGACGAGAAGGGGCCUCGGAGGAAGCUUCGAAUGAAGACACGUGUCCUAAUACAUCAUCACACUUGAAAACAAGCCUGGCUGUCUGUUAACCAUGAUGGCAGAAUCACUGCCCUUCUCUAUGGACACUCCAGUGCCCAGCUGGGAACUGGAAGCCUGGUACGAGGACUUGCAGGAAGUGCUAUCCUCAGAUGUCACCAGCAGGACAGGCCCCCCUGUAGGGGGAGAUGAACAGAAGUUUAACGAGGGUGACAGUUCCACCCUGCUGUGGAACUUAGAUGCCUCAAGUCUCUUGGAGCCUGGCGGCAGUGAGGCAGCUGAAACCUAUGAGCUGGACCCUGACAUGACAGCUGAACUUCUGGAACUGCUCGGUGAGGAGCCGGCGGGACCUGCCGAGUCAGACUGCAGCCACAGUUCCCCAGCUCAGACUGGCACAGACGACGACGAGGGGGUGUCUUCCAGCAGGAAGAGGAAGCGGAGCGGACAGCCUCAGGGCGGCAAAAGGCAGCGAGGCAGAGAGCGGGAGCAGGAGAACGAGCGCAGAGUGGCAGAGCUGACGGCCCACAAUCAGCGGCUCCAGGAGGAGAUAGAGCGGCUGAGUGCGGAGGUGGAGGCCACCAGAGCGGCGCUUAUUCAGCGGAUGGUGAACCUGAAAACGUAAUGCAGGUUCAUCACCUCCCUUGGCCCGUUGAGCGAGGAGGCGUAAGACUUUGCCAUUCAGCAGUCUGUGAACUUAUGGCAUUUGUGAGCGUGACCCAGCUGGCCGAGGCUGGAACUUAUGUACACAAUACCAGUUUUAUUUUAGACUCCGAGGAGUUGCUUUUUACCUUGGGUAAGUGGGCUUGUCUUACAGAACUGAACCACAAAGUGAUUGUGAAGAUCACACGUGAUGACCAACACUGCUGAUGUUUGUCCUGACCUACCAGAUUUGAUGAACUAGGUGCCCACCAGCCUAAAAUCAACUGGACCACUUUAUUAACCACCUGCUUUUUGCUUGGGGGAGGGGCGGGGGAAGGACUUGCAUGUAUACCUGCAUACAACAGUAACUUUUGAUCUUACACUUCUAUAUUUAAACAAUAAAAUAUUUAUUUCUCACCA